AUGGCUUCAUUUGGACAAAUCAUCUUUUGGAGUAUGAUUGUCCUUAUUUUUGUAAUUGCUGCAUUAUUAAUUCUCCUUCUGGCCAUCGCAUUUUCAGUGUCCCAGGGAAUUGUGGAGACAAAAAAUGGCUUUCCUGUAGGGAACCUGGGACAGGAUGUGGUCUUGGACUGCACCUUCCAAAGCAACACUGGAAAAGGUCCUGCAGGCAACGUGUUAAUUACCUGGACUAAAGAAAGACUUUCUGGGGUGGUGUAUCAGUACCAGAAUAACGCACCACAGUUAAAGGAUCAGAAUUCACAGUUCCAAAACAGGGCCCAGCUGUUCCCAGAUGUUAUCGCUACGGGAAACGCUUCCCUCCUCCUGAGGAGGGUGACGAUGGAGGAUGAUGGUGUGUACAGGUGCGUUGUGAGCGCACCCGGGGUCUCCGGAACAGUCCGCAUUCACCUCAGUGUGGGCGCAUUCUCGGCUCCUGCCAUCACAACAGCAAACAAAAGCCUGCGGGCUGAAGCUCCGAGAUGGCUGCCCAGACCCAGCGUCACGUGGCUCGACCCGGACGGUGAGCGGCUUGCCGGUGUCACCCAGUUUAACAACUCUUCAGACGGCACCGUUCAAGUGGUGAGCAGCCUGCAACACCCAGUGGCACCGAAUGAGACGUACACCUGCAUCAUUCAGAACCAUCUCGUCCAGGCCGUCUCGGAGGCCACAGUUACAGGUGAAGGCGUUUCGGCACACACGUCUUUUCUCUUUAGCUCAUCGCCCAGGACGUUGCCAGUGCCGCCACAUUGUGCAGCCACCAUCCUUCUCUGCAUGCUGGUAUGGUGAGGUUAUUUUAGUGCCUGCUUUCCUAUGUUUCUCAGUCAUACCGACUCUGUGAAACGCGUAUGUUUUCGACAGUAAACAAAUAAACGUCUCAAACGU